AUUCAAAGUUGUUCGAGUGAGAGCGCAACUUCUGCAAGAGGCGAGAGAAAGAGACUAAGGGAGAGCAUUCAGAACUGAGAAGAAGGUGCAAAAAUGGAGGAAACAAAUUGAGCAAAAACUUAGCAAACUUCUGCAACAAUCUUCAAUCAACUUUCGACGCUUUCAAACAAUCCCUCGAUCGCCGCCCAAUCCCUCUUGAUUCGGCGUCGACCACUUUUAUGCAAUCCCUAAAUCGGAGGGUUUCGUCUUUGACGGGGGAUCUCAAUUUGUUGGAAUCAAUGUCGUUUGGAACUGUGUCGUUUGAAGAGCUUCUGGGUCACUGCAAUCAGAUUUAUAAGCUUAAUCAUUCUAACCUUCUUCACCUUCAUUCUCAUCUUCAAUCUUUGGCUUACAUUCCCCAAGUGAUGGAGUUGAUGAUCUUGAAGAGGAUUUUAUGGCUCAAAGUAGUAGUUGUGACAGUCCUGAACCUGAGUCGCCAUUCCCUACUUUUCGUCAUGGAAUUACAUCCAACAAUAUGGAUGCUGAUUCAUUGUAUCCUUUCGAAUCCUUGUCAGUAUUACAGUUUAGCUUCAAGGUCCAGAACCAAGAAACCCCACGCAUCCUUAAUACAGUUUGUGAAGAAGAGAGAGAUGAACCCAAGUUAUACGAAUCUUCAAAAUUGAUACAUGUUUCAAAUGAAGACUAUGAAAUUCUGCCUUCUUACAUGAAAACUGUGGCUCCAUGGAAGGAUCUACAAUCUGCAGUUGAGAAGAUGAACUCAUUCCUAAGCAAGAAAGGAAAUACGAAACAGAACAAUUUCUUCCACCCUGAGGAACUGGAAUCAAUGGGAUUAGGUAGAGAUGAUUCCGAAGCGGAGCGCGUGCGGAAGAUGGUCCCUCUACUUUCAUACCCGCCUAAAAGUGUCAUGUCCAUCCUCGCUACCCACGAUAGUAUAUGGGACUAAAGGGAGAUCGUAUGUCCUGUUGCUGGUGCGCAUGAAACUGCUGAACGUUGAGACGAAUAACGGAAUGAUUUCUUAUAGAGUGCUGUAGAACAUCUCAUCUGUCAUGGCGAACAAAGUUUUGGUGACUUGAACUUUUUUCGUUUGUGGCUUUCAUAGAUUUGUAAAUACUGUAAUAAUGUAAUAUACGCAACAAAACGUCUGUUCAAUUCAGAAAGGUUUCAAGCAACACUAUUUGCAUAACCCUGUUUUCUCUUAUUUCAAUUACAGUUUAAAUUAGAAAAUUUUAUGUCAUGAAAUAUGUACUUAAGAUUUGGGAGUGAUUUAGCCCACAAGGAUACUUUAGCUCACAAA